GUAGGACACCUAUCGGAUCCGACUAUCGGAUUGAUCGACCUGGGUAUUGAAAAUGAUUUGGAAGUAUGGAGGUUCAGAUAUAGAGGAGGGCUGUCAUCUAAAACCAAUUGGAGGAUGACAAUCACACGAAUAAUCUCUAUCAUAACUUCUAAUAAACGAACAGAGACCAAAUGGUAUACUUUUUUUCUUUUUUCUUUUUCUAAUUUCUAAUUUCUAAUUUCUUUACACUUCUUUUUUCUUAUUCCUUACUCACUUUCUUUUCUUCUUUAUCUUCCACUUUUUUUCUAAUUGCUCUCUCAAUUAUCUUUAUUUUUUUUCUUCUUGCAUACUUUAAUAUGCUUAACUCAAUUUUUUUAGGUUUAUUUUAGUAACUUUGCUCUGUCUCACCCUAAACCGUAAGGUAUGGGUAUUACUUACUUACUUACUACUAAUUUGGAUAAAUACAUCACAAGGAAAGAGAUGACAACAUAACAAAAGUAUACGCAACCUAUCGAAUACUUUCAAAUUUUUCCAUUCAAAGAAUACUUCAAAGUGAUAAUUUUGUUAAAGACGAUGAAUUUUUUCUUUUUCAUUUAUUAUUGCAAUGAAAGAAGCAUUUUUCUUUCUUCUUUAUUUAAAAAUUUCCCUGCGCACUGCAUAUCCACGAUGUGUAUCUUUUUUAAUUGUUUAAAUAUGAAAACAAAACAUGUGCAUGAGAAGACGAAAAUAAAUAAGACUUUCAGUUAUAGAUGAUCAUCAUUCAUGCGACCAUUAUUGUCAAAAGUUUUUCCUAAUUCAUCAUCUGUUAUCCAUAUUCAAAUAUUCUCUGCAAUUAUUUGUCUCUUGUACACUAUUUAUUUCAUUUUAUCAAUUUUUUAUCCACUCUCGUUUGGAAAACCUAUUGUCGAAUUGAGUUAUAAAUCUUUGCAGACAAAUAUUACUAUAAAUGCUAAUAUUACAAAACUUAUUUCAAACAAUGAAAAUAAUCUGAUAAUUCAUACAAGUAACCUGAACAAUGAGAGUUUCAUUUGUGAUUAUGUAAAAACAAAUACUACACAUAAGAAAAACAAUAUUUCAUCAUUUGACGAUCAUCGUUUAAAUGCACUUCGUCGUAAGUAUUCUAGAUUUUACUUAUUUUUCGAUAGGAAUGUCAAAUAUUGAUGUCAAUACUGAUAGACUAGCACCGACUGUUACUUUAUCACUAAUAAUACAGACAUUGAAGUCCACUAAGAGCACUAACUUACCAAUACUAAUUUACAGUGAAACACUCAGACAUUGACUGUAUCAGAGUAUUUAUCUUUUUUUUGUAUUUUUCCUUGCAUUCAGUAACGCACAAUAUUCAAAUGAGUACUUCUAUCAUACGAGACAAAAAAAUAUCAGAAAAUCUAGACAAUCUAUAGAUUUCGGCGACAAUUCGAAUCUUUUUUUUCUCAUCUAUAAAUUGUAGUUAGUAAAUAUGAGUAUGAAUAUCGUUAAUAUUUAGUAAAUUGAUGCUACUAAAUCACUACUGUUAUCCUAUAGUAUUUAUAUCAAUGUAUUUUUUGAAUGCUAUUAAAUUGGUCGAAAGAAAAAAUAGCGAACGAGAGAAUAGCGAAAAACCAUGGCGAAAAAGAAAUAGCGGAUCGAAAAAAUGUUGAAGAACAAAAUGGCGAACCAAGAAAAUGUCGACACAGUCUAUUGCAAAAAUGACCUGGCAAUCAUAUGAAUUUGUUGAAAAAAAGUGGAUUUCAAUAUUCUCGAUCAGCGCGACGAAGACAUUUCAUUGCAUAGAGAAAAAAUAAUCCAUGUCUAGGUAGAUCAACAAGAAUAAUAGUGAAUCAAAAAUAUUCAGACAUAAAAUCAGCAACAAAGCUAUAUGUUUCUUUAUGUGGGUAGAAUGUGGGUGUGGAUAUCAAUCUCCGCUUCAUCUCUAAUCUCGAACUCCACAUCUUACUGCUUAAUAGAGGCACUUAAUGAUAUCUGCAAUAUUUUCGACAUUUUUCAGAGGAAUAUAUUUUUUCGCGAUUUCUAUACGAUUGACUUUUUUUUCGCCCUAAUUCUUUUCGACAUUUUUUGUGUCGAUAGUUUUUCCGCUAUUCUUUCGUUCGCUAUUUUUUCUACCAGCCAUCUUGAUACAUAUCUAUUUUUUAGCAUAUUGUGAUAUUCUUCCAAUACCUCGAAAUAAUUGGAUUCCACCUGAACGAUAUAUAGAAAGUGAUAUUGUAUUUAUUAUUUAUACAGGUGCCUCCUUUUAUCAAAAUCGUGCAAUAGCAACUCGAGAUACAUGGUUAUCACGUGUUACACAUAAAUAUUUUUUUAGUUCAACACCAUAUCCAUCAUUACCUGUCACUGUUAUUGAAGGAGCAGGAGAAAAUUAUGUGUCUAAUAUGAAAAAGUUAUAUCAAGGCAUGAAAAUAGCUUAUCAAGAACAUAAUCAAACAGCAAAAUUUUAUUUUCUAGCAGGUUGUGAUACAUUUGUAAAUGUUCCACAUUUACUCAAACGUCUUGAUCACUUUAAUCAUACUAAACCUCUUGUUAUUGGUGGUUAUCCUUUCGGUCAUUCAUGUUUUAAAAAGAAGAACCAAACGAUUGCAGGCGUAACAUAUCCAUCAGGUGGUGCUGGUUUUUUUCUUAGUUCUGCUUUGAUGGAAAUGAUGUAUCCAAAAAUAGAUUCAUUUUUUCAAGAUCAUUGGCCAACAGAAGAGGUACCUUAUAGUGAUGUGGCUCUUAACUGUCUUGCAGCAUCAUUAAAUGUUCAACCUUCAAUUGUUUCAGGAUUUUGGGCUUUUACUCCACAAGAAACAGUAAAACGUGAUGGACUAUCAAAGUUACGUGCUGAUCCUGAACCAAAUACAUUUCAUUAUGUACCACCAAUAUCAAUGUAUAUUCUCGAUGAAUUCUAUGUUUUUCAACAUAUUGAUCGAUUAGCAAAUGAUAAUAAUUUAAAUGAACUUGUAAAAUUUACUCGACAAUUUGUUGCUGCACAUUAUGAAUUAUUACGUAUUAAACAAAAUGAAUGUACAUUACCACCAGUGAAAUCAACAUAA